AUGGCAGCGUCCACCAUAAAGUUGCUCAAGAAGCGGCAGACCAUCGACGAUCCUCUCUCGCUCUCUGAAACGAGCUUGCCCUUGCGUAGAGCCAAUCCAUCCGCUGCGUCCCUCUAUGCCUCGACUCUCACACCGCCCGGCUCGCGAUCAAUAUCUCCAGCUGGUCGUGCUUCUCCUGGCCGCAACGUUCCCGGUCCGACUGCUCUCGGGGCUACGUUCACUCGAUCUCUCCUCGAGACGGGAGCUGCCGAAAAUCCCGGCGAUCCGUUGAACCUGCUAUUGAAGGCCUUCGUCCCACACAUCGCUGUCUACUCGUCACAAGACACCGAGGAACUAGCGAGAGAGAAGGGGUUCGAACAUGGGCUCUGGGAACUCCUGCGGCCCUUUGGGGAGCGAGUGCAAGGCAAGGUCAACGUCAGGGACAGCAACGGCGCUGCCAGGACUUGGGAAGACUUUUCGGUGCGGUUUACAAGAUUCGGCCAGGAUGUGGAACAGGCGGGAGCGGCCACAGGAGGAGCCAGGUCAACUACAAAUGGUCAGUCCACCGGACAACAGCCGCCGACGAGCACCGAGACUGCUUUAAAGAGGAUUGCCCAGGUGGAGACUGUUGUCGAGCGGCAUCUACGAUAUGCCGAAGAGUCGUUCCUCGGGCUCGCGCAGACGAAUCCGGCCUUGAAGCAAGGACUUGAUAUUGAUGCAACUUCUCCCUACUACUCCCUCUAUGUCCGUCGUUUGUUAUCGGGGAUCCCGCUGGUACCUCACGAGACCUUCGCACAUCCCGUGGCUUGCGUGAUAGCUAUUAGCUCGCGCAAUCCGUCACCGAUCCAGACUUUCCGAGAGCUAUACAGAGAGAUCAGCCAGGGAGAAAGGCAGUUGCCCGGCUGGGUCGACGGGGACUACCUACGCUACUACGUGCUUGUGCAUGAUGAGGAGAAUGGCGAUAUCACAAAGUCCAUGGCUUUGUUCGAGCAGAUGAAGCGCCAUCUGGGCUUACACUGCCACCUCCUGCGCAUCCGCAGUUCGCAGAGCGCCGAGACAGACGACGACAGCAUCCCGUUACCGCGCAGCGAAUGGAUGACUGCUGCAGAAGAACUGGCAGACAUAGAGAGAAGCGAAAGCCCGGAGGAGUUUCAAGAUCCCACGCGGUACAUCUUUGAGUCGGAUGCAACAGCGAUACGUACCUUUGUCCGGGAAAUGGUCACGCAGUCUGUCGUGCCCACCAUGGAGCGAAACGUCUCUGUGUGGAAUGACCAAGUAGCGUCCAAACGCAAGGGCAUCAGCGGACGUUUUAUGAGCUUGUCAAAACGGUGGGCGGGAUUUGGCGGUUCCAGGUCCUCAGGGGGUGCAAGCGGGAGCGGCUCGAAUUUCGAUCAAGGCUUCUACAGUCCGGACACACCAGAGGCGAUCAUGCGAAAACUUGCAGACUUUGCUUUCAUGCUACGCGACUGGAAGUUGGCCAUGUCAACCUACGACAUCCUACGCUCAGACUUCAACAAUGACAAGGCAUGGCGGUUCCACGCUGCGGCUAAUGAGAUGGCUGCUCUCGCUCUUCUCAUCAUGCCGCAAAACAUGUCGUCCAAGACGAAGCUUGAAAACAUCAACUCGAUGAUCGAACAGGCCUUCUACUCCUAUCACACGCGGUGCAGCGACCCGUACGGCGCAUUGCGGUGCCUCAUCAUGUCACUCGAGCUAUUGCGAUUGCGCGCAGGCCCUGCCAUUGAUGAUGGAGUCCGGUGGGGUUCGCGCCUCAUGGAGAUCCGCCUCGUUGGCGCCGUAGGCGAUGCCCUGGUCAAAGAGCGCAUGGCGGUCUGUUGUGCUUCCAAGCAAGGAGUGGGGAGCAUGUCUUGGGGUAGCCGGAGGCGCAAGUCCGCUUUUUGGAGCGUGUUGAGUGCGGAGACAUGGUUGAACCAAAGCAAGUAUAUCCAAGCACAGCGCUGCCUAAACGAGGCGAGGCAGAUGUACUCGAUGCUGCAGAGCGAUGAUGGCAUCAGCGGCUUUGGGAUGGCGAGCGAUUUCAUGGCUGGGUUGCAGAUGCGACUCAAGGAGGGUCUGUCAAUGCACGGCCCUGCCGGCCUUGCGGCUGAGGCCGAGCAUGGCGAAGGAGAGUACGAGCAGGGAGAGGAGGAAGACGAGGUCGAGGUUCUCGCGGGCGGCGAUUCAGAGAAGAUAAAUCGUAGGCGAUCCAGGCGUGCGAGCUUGAUCGCGUCGUCGGGAGCUACGGGGGCCACACUCGAGACGGCACCGUUAAGAACAAUCCCAACGGCCGAGGAGGAUGAGAAGAGCGGUGGCUCGCCAGGAGACAAGUUCGAGGAGAGCUAG